CUCUCGCCGUCCCUUCUGCUUUGACGCUAGGACCGAUCCCCGUCUCCAAUCGUCUCGUCGACACCUUUGGCCUCGUCACGCUCGAUUGACGCGCAUCGCAAAUCGUAGCGGCGGGCGUUUUUUCCUUAUCGCUUGCCAGAUAAAAUUUCACUUCCCAUUCUUGGUGUAGUAUCCAGCCAUGGUUAGACUAGGGAUCUUGGCGGACACCCACAUUCCCAAACGAUCGAAAGAGAUUCCACCCACUCUCCUCACCCAUUUCCAAUCUGUGGAUAUGAUAUUACAUGCAGGCGACUGGGCCUCAUACGAAUCUUACACAAUGCUCCAACAAUUAUUCCCCAACACCGAAAUCAUCGGAGUAGCAGGAAACAACGACGACGCCAGAAUCCGUCACCAUUUCGGAUCCGCCGCAAAAGUGAUCGCCGUAUCCGGGGUCAAAAUAGGACUCGUGCACGGGCAUGAAGGAAAAUCUUCCCACACCACCGAACAGCGAGCGUUUCACGCACUGGAACAUGAGCGGGUUGAUGUUGUCGUGUAUGGCCACUCGCAUGUACCGAGCGAUAGGAUUGUGGAUGGAGUAAGGAUGUUUAAUCCGGGAUCGCCGACGGAUAAGCGACGGCAGGCUCGGUACUCGUUUGGGGUGAUGGAUGUUGGGCUGGAUGGGAGUGUUCAUCUUGAGCAUGUAUAUUUUGACCGGAUGAAAGAAGGCUCCUCUGAGAACGCCACAGUUGAGCUGAUGGAGAUGCAGAGGCCCCGAAAACGGAGGUGCACACAGUGUCAGCAGGAGGGGCAUAACAGACGCACAUGCUCCAGUCUGCGGAGCACCAGUAGUGUUGUAGAUGACCAUUGAAUAUAGGGGGUAUGUCGACGUCCUGGCGGAGUGUAUAUUAAAAGGAAACGAGGUGCGUGUAUUUGGUGGUUCUCAAAGAAAAUAUGGAUUUUGAUCGCAUAUCCUUUCGCUAUUCAAAUGUCUCAUGCCGUUGGAUGCUGCGGGUACACUUUGGAAGGUGGCGCCGCUAUGGACGUCCUCAAUUCCAG